AUGAUCAGGCACAUUUCUCUUUUGGAAGAGAUGGUCCUGGUCAUGAAACUUCUGUUCCUCACCUGCCUAUGGCCAACAGCAGUGCUACACAGUUCUCACAGUCAGCAUCACCGUCUUCAUCGUCGGCAGCAAAUGUCAUUCUCAAGAAAACAUAACAGCAAACGAGAAAUUAAAAUGAGGAAACUUGACAGCACGAAGGUCCGACCACUCAAAUCUGAGCAGCUUCUUCACAUAGAGGACCAUGACUUUGCACUGAGACCUGGAUUUGGAGGGUCACCAAUACCUGUGGGCAUUGAUGUGCAGGUGGAGAGCAUUGACAGCAUAUCUGAGGUUGACAUGGACUUCACAAUGACUUUAUAUCUCAGACACUACUGGAAGGAUGAGAGACUCUCAUUCCGUAGCAACAAAAACAAAAGUAUGACUUUCGAUGGACGGCUGAUAAAAAAGAUCUGGGUACCUGAUGUCUUUUUUGUGCACUCCAAAAGAUCUUUCAUCCAUGAUACAACCGUGGAAAACAUCAUGCUCCGAGUGUACCCUGAUGGCAACGUCCUCUUCAGUCUGAGAAUAACUGUUUCUGCUAUGUGCUUCAUGGAUUUCAGUAGGUUUCCUCUGGACACACAGAACUGUUCUUUAGAACUGGAAAGCUAUGCAUACAAUGAAGAUGAUCUGAUGUUGUACUGGAAACAUGGCAACAAAUCCUUGAGCACAGAUGAGCACAUCUCCCUCUCCCAGUUCUUCAUUGAGGAAUUCAGUGCUUCCAGUGGACUUGCAUUUUACAGCAGUACUGGUUGGUACAACAGACUUUUUAUCAACUUUGCACUCCGCAGACAUAUUUUCUUUUUUGUGCUGCAAUCCUAUUUCCCAGCCAUGCUGAUGGUGAUGCUGUCUUGGGUUUCCUUUUGGAUUGACAGAAGAGCUGUUCCUGCCAGGGUGUCAUUAGGUAUAACUACAGUGCUGACAAUGUCCACCAUCAUGACAGGAGUAAGUGCCUCAAUGCCUCAAGUGUCUUACAUAAAGGCUGUGGAUGUGUAUUUAUGGAUCAGCUUCCUUUUUGUCUUCCUGUCAGUCAUCGAGUAUGCAGCAGUGAACUAUCUCACCACAAUUGAAGAGAGAAAACAACUCAAAAAAAGGGGCAAGGCUUCAGGAAUGUACAGCAUGGAUGCAGUGCAAGCGAUGGCUUUCGAUGGCUGCUACCAUGACACAGAUGAGGACAUGGACCUGAGUCCCUUCCCAGAGCCCUGUGAGGAGAAUGAGACCAGGGCAAGUCAAACCAACAUCUCCAAUGCUGACACACCCCGCUUGAAGAGGAAGAGAUCUCUGAAGGGAAACGUGGGCAGGAUUAUUUUACAGAACAAUCACGUUAUUGACACGUAUUCCAGGAUUAUAUUUCCAAGUGUAUAUAUUGUGUUCAACUUUUUUUACUGGGGUUUGUACAUAUGA